AAGCUCUCUAUGAUAUAUAUGCUCAAUGGUUGUUCACAUUCCCGAGAGAGAGACCCAGCGGAAUUUUUGGUUAUGUGUGGUUUGUUUGAGCUAUUUUAGAUCCGGUUGUUUGGUAUAAAUAUCUAAGAGAAAUAUGAAGCCACUCAUGCUGCAUGGUCACGAGCGGUCCAUCACGCAGAUCAAGUAUAACCGCGAAGGGGACCUCCUGUUCUCGUCGGCCAAGGACCAGUGCCCCAACGUGUGGUACUCCAUCAACGGGGAGCGCCUGGGCACCUUCGAUGGUCACCAGGGCGCAGUGUGGGCCAUCGACAUCAACUGGGAGACGACGCGCUUCAUGUCGGGGGCUGCGGACCAGUUCCUCCGCAUCUGGGACUGUGCCACAGGCAAGGAGAUCGGCAACAUCCGUGCCCAGUCGUCUGUGCGGACGUGCAACUUCAGCUACAGCGCCAACAUGGCUGCCUACUCCACGGACAAGCAGUUGCGCCAACAGUGCGAGAUGAACAUCAUAGAUGUGCGAACCGUUGAUGAGUCUAUAGGCAGCUCGGAGCCGAUCCUGCGCAUCCCGUUCAGCGACUCGAAGGUGACGUCGCUGCUGUGGGGGUCCCUGGACGAGACCGUCAUCGUGGGCCUGGAGAGCGGGGAGAUCUCCCAGUGGGACCUCAGGAACGGCAAGAACCUGGCCACGGUGAAGGACCACACCAACUCCAUCAACGACAUGCAGAUGAGCAAGGACGGCACCAUGUUCAUCACCGCGUCCAAGGACAAGACGGCCAAGCUGUUUGACUCGGACACGCUCAUGUGCCUCAAGUGCUACAAGACGGAGCGGCCGGUCAACAGUGCCGCCAUCUCGCCCAUCCUGGACCACGUGGUGCUGGGUGGUGGACAAGAGGCCAUGGACGUGACCACAACAUCGACGCGCAUCGGGAAGUUCGACUCGCGCUUCUUCCACUUGGUGUUUGAGGAAGAGUUUGGGCGCGUGAAGGGCCACUUCGGCCCCAUCAACAGCGUGGCCUUCCAUCCAGACGGCAAGAGUUACAGCAGCGGCGGGGAAGAUGGUUACAUCCGCAUUCACAACUUUGAUUCCUCGUAUUUCGAAUUCAGCUUUGAGGCGCAGGUUGAGCCUUCCAAGUGAUGGAACUGAUGUUCAAAUAAAUGUUUGUAUGUUCAUGGUAAA